CUUUUUCAAAAAUUAAAAUAAAAAGUUUCAGUUUGACAUUUAUAAUACGGGGUAAAAACUUGCAACACCCAAUUCGAAAGUUUGACAGAUCGCGGUUGAAAAGUGUACGCAGUGAACGUGUGUGAAGUUUAAAACUAAGUUUAAAUUUUAUGUAGUGAUUUAUUUUAUGAAAAAUAGCAAUGGCUGCCACUGUGGAGGCGUCCCAGUCCCUCAUGCAAUCAGAGUCCAGGGUCCACUACCAGGAGGUGGUCACGGAGACGCGGAAGGUCAAAAAGAGCAAGUCACGACGGCAUAAGGAUGAGGGUACGAUAUCUGUGUCAAAAAGCUCCGAGAAGUUGUAUAAGAAGAUGAAAGCAGCUGAUGAGAACCCGAUGUGCGUCAAAUGCUCAAGACCAGUGUACGCCAUGGAGAGGAUCAAGGCUGAAAAACGUGCAUGGCAUAAGGAGUGCUUCCGAUGCGUGCAGUGCAAUAAACAUCUCACGAUGGAGACAUAUCAGAGUGACCACACAACUCUGUAUUGUAAACCGCAUUUCAAGCAGCUGUUUGAACCCAAACCUGUGGACGGAGACGACGAGACCGAUGCGACGCCCAAAAAGCACCAAAUGAUCAUAUGUGAAAGUCAACCGGUAGAAUUGCCACCAGAUGUCGUUAGAGCAUCUGACAAACCAGACCUAGGUCUAGAAGAGUUGGCUUCACUGGACGUUAAGUCUAGGUUUCAAGUGUUCGAGCGCAAAGCCAAAUCCGAAGAAGAGACGGUACCUUUGGAGAAUCGCGGCCCGAGAGAAAAGAGUUCUGCUGUAUUGUCCAAGCUGGCCAAGUUUAAAGCGAAGGGCAUGGACAUCGGUAUCUCCGACGAAUAUCUGAACGGGGUACAACCAGAACCUAGUUCCAGUGAACACGAGGACGGCGAUGACGAAGAUUCGGUGCUAAAGAACUCCUACGCGCACAACACGGUUCGCGAACAGACAUCGCUGUGUGAUAUGAACGAGCUGGUAGGCAGGUUCGAGCGCGGGCCUCUCAACGCGACGCGACACAACCAGCGCAAGCAAGAGAUACAGAAUAUACGCAGCCGACUGUUCCUGGGCAAGCAAGCCAAAAUCAAGGAAAUGUACGAGCAGUCAGUGAUGCAAUGCGAACAAAGUAUAACGUCAGCAGAAAAAAUCGCUCGCGAAUUCGAUCUAGACGCGGAUAAAGCUAGGUCUAUCAAGCAGCGCUUCGAAAACGGAGAGAUCUUCAACGAUGAGAACCAGCCGCCAAAGAACAGAGAGCUUGAAGACACUUCACUUUUCAAUGAGGGUAUAGCUAAGAAGUCCAGGUCAAUAUUCCUGGAGCUGGACGCGAACGCUAAACAUAUGGCACCGCUGUCGCCGCCCGCCCAAGAACCGCCCAAGAGGAAGGAACUCCCCUUCGUACCAAAAGACGUAGUCCGAGCGGGGGACAAGUUAGAAGACGUGAAAAUCGAGACCGCAGACAUUUCGGACCGCUUCAAGUUCUUCGAGACCUACAAGCCCGAGAGCAAACGCAAGGAGUUCAGAAUGACGCCUCCCAGACACACCCAGCGCGCCAAGUCGCCGUCGCCGGAGCUGUACCACGAGCCCACCGUGGUGCGCAGCGACGAGCCGGCGGGCGACGCGGGGCUGGCCGCCAGCCGCCAGACCGCAUCGCGCAUGAUCUCCGUGUUCCGCCAGCUGGAAGACCAGCGGAACCGGCCCGAGGAGCAACAAGGUCCAAAACCCCUAAAGCGCUUCACCCCACCGCCCCCCGGGGAGGAGAGUCGCCACGCGGACUCGUCUUCGGAGUACAGCUCGGAGGGUGAGGAGGACAGUGAAGAGGAACACCGCCGUCGUUAUGAAGACGCCGUGAUGAGGGACGAGGCGCUCAAACAGGCUCAACAAUUAGCCCGCACGAAGAGUUUCCGCGACCGCUUCGAGCACUGGUCGGAGAGCGAGAGGGAGAAUGAGCCACGCCCCCCCUCCGCUAUCAUCGACAGGCAGUACGAAGAGGACGGAGAGUCGCAACUGGAGACUGCAAAGAGUUUACGUGACAAGUUCGAGAAUAUGAAAGUUCAGACGACAACCGUCAAUAAAACUGUUGCGACGAAGGUUAAUCGAUUUGUGUGACCACCGAGUCCACAGAACGAACCGCACGCAAAAUUUACCAAAGCAUUAUGUUAACAUCGUAAAUUAUUAGAAAAGUUCUUGCCGCUUAUGGAGAAAAAAAAAAAUUAAAGCAACAAAGAAUCUCAAUUUUUAUUUAAUCUGUUUUCUAAUCUCAGAUGUUUUGUAUAACUAUUUGAAUCCUCUAUAAUUAUAAUUGUAGUUAUUUAUAAAUGUUUAUGUUUAAUCAGUUACUCGUUAGCUUAAGGAAUCUAGUCUAAAGUUUUAGUUUUAAUACUAAGGCGAAUUCUCACUGAACUUACUUUAGUUUAUUGCAAGAAAAACAAAUAGUGACCGGUAAACUAAUAUCAACCCAAAACUCACUAAACUGCCCAACUAAGAUAUAUUAAUUAUAAUAUAUUUUACGCUAUUGGUUGCCUGGAAGGCCACCAAAUUGUACUCUCUU